AUGCAACUCACUGUAGCCAUUGUCCUUGCCCUCGCCGCUGUAGCGGGAGCAUUUCCUAAUGGUUAUGCUUCUUCUGAUUAUACGCCUUCUAGUUAUAUUGCUACAUCUGACUAUACUCCGGCUAGUCAAUCUGGCUCACAUGCUCAACCUGAGCACAAGGGAUCUAAGCCUCAUGAAGAUUCAUCUAAACCUGAGAGUUCUCCUGGAUCACUUUUAGGUCUUGACCUUGACGUUGGAAAUCUCGGCCUAGGAUCCAAACCUGUUUCUGAUUCACACCCGGAAUCCACCCUCCGAACUCCUGGUCAAUUGAAAGGUGGAUCUCAACCUACCAUCGCUGUUGGAGAGCCCAACGGUUCCAAAGGCGGGAUUCCUCACGCUGGCUCUUCAGGUGGUUCAAAGUUUAACAAUCCCACGGUCGAGCUCGAGGAUGAAGGCGAUAUCCCUGACGACGUGCCUGCAACUAAGUCUACAGACGGUGCUACGAAACCUACCGGUUCCAUUGUCGACAGCACUUCGAAAGAGAAUCCCGGAGCACAACUCGGCAAUGGUGGAUCCAAGCUCGGCGACGAAGUACCCAAGCCUGUAGCUGUGGGUGGUAAUCAUCCAGUCGACGUAAGUGUACCAAAGUACACAAAUGGUGCUGCUCAAACCACCAACAGGAUCGUCGACAGCACUUCGAAAGAAGACAUUGGAUCUCAGCCUGUCAAUGGUGGAUCUCAUCCUGGCAGUGAAGCAACUAAGCCUGUUGUGAGCGGUAAUGUGCCAAUCGACGUAACUGGAUCAAAACCUACAAGUGGUGGUAUCCAACCUGCCAAUCCUGUUCCAGACAAUGCAUCGAAACAACACAUCGAAUCUCAACCAGUUGAUGGUGGAUUAAAGUCUACUAAUGAAGCCACUAAACCCGCUUCAGGUAGCAAUGUUCCGGUCAACGCGAAUGGACCGAACUCUUAUGGAGUUGCUCAACCAACCAACAGCAUUGUGGACAGCACCUCAAAGAGUCAACCUAUAUCGCAAGCUGGUAGCGGUGCCACCGAUGCAUCGAAGUCUGGGGACGAGGCAAUCAAGCCCGCUGCGGGUCAAACUAUUCAAACCAACGUGAAUGGACCAAAGUCCACAAAUCAAGGUGCUCAAUCAACCAACAGCAUCGUGGACAGUACUUCGAAAGGUCAACCUGUCUACCAAGUUGGUAGUGGCGCAUCGAGCCCUGGUAAAGAAGUAACCAAGCCUGCUGUGGAUGGUAAUAUCCCAAUUGACGCAACUGGAACCAGUACCACUCGACCCAUCAAACCUGUUGCUGACAGCUAUUCCAAAGAGAACGUCGGAUCUCAACUUGGUCACGGAGGAUCAAACUCUGUCGUGGGAGUUGAUGUUCCAGUCAACGCCGAUGGAUCAAAGUCCGCAACUGGCACUGUUCACCCAAUCGAAACUAUUGUUGACAGCACUUCCAAGCCACACGUUGGAUCUCAACUUGGAAAUGACAGAUCGAAAUCUCCUGAUGCAGCAAUCAAACCUGACCAAACUGUUCACGUCGAUACAAAUGCAAAAGACUCUGGAAAGGACCAUUCUCAACCUGGCUUAGUGAAUGUAGGCGUGGGCAGCACUCCGGAUGAAAAGGUUCGACCGAAAAGUGGUCAUCCCAAACCUUCAGUCGUACAUGGUGCAUAUAAAAACAGGCAGCCUGACUCCAAAGCUAACCAAAGUGGUUCAAAACCUGGAUACACGGGAACACCCCUUCUUGGCUUAGAUCUUAAUGUUGGACCGAAGGCAGGAUCUGAACACCACGGCGACAAAUCUACACCAGUUUCUGGAUCACGUCCUGAUUCUCAUGUUGGACCGAAGGCAGGAUCUGAACACCACGGCGACAAAUCUACACCAGUUUCUGGAUCCCGUCCUGAUUCUCAUGUUGGAUCAAAGCCACAAUCUAACCAUGAAGAUGACCAAUUCAACCCAGCUUCCGGGAUCUCUUCUGACUCCACUCCUGACACCUACUCUACUCACGAUGGCUAUACCAAAUCCGACUACUUUUAA